AGCAAUCCAGCAGGAAAAAUAGCAUCGUCUGCAGCGGGCUUUACUUUCCUUGCAAAAUGGGUCGCGCGAUGAUUGGCUUACAAAAUUGAACGAGUGCGCAGCAUCGGGAAUGCUUCACCUUGUUAUUUCCACCAUGGGUGUAAAGAUACAAGGUGAAACAUUGCUCAUGUAGCCAAUUUUUGGGGCAAAUUUCUGAUUGGUCAGUUCGAUAGUUUGGGCCAUCUCUGAUUGGUUGACACUGCGCACCCACCAGAUUGCUUCACCUUGUAUCUUUAUACCAUGCCCCUGACGUUUCUGGGUGCUAAAAUUUCACUCGCAGUUACGGAUCUCUAACACGAUCCUAUCUAUGACACAACCUAUUCAGUUUUCCGCCUUGAAUGAGUUUUGAAAUUGUUGCUAUUUAUGGCGUCAAAGUUCAAAUGAGCAGUACAUUGUUCUGGGAGAAUUAUUGGACCGUGAGCCAUUUUAUACUUUUCGCAGUAUCGCUCGCGCGUAGAAUACUAAGUAUUCGACAUGAAAUGCGUCCUACCUGGCGGGAACGUCAAAAUCCUGGCAAAGGCGAUACACAUGCUGGCGAAGAUUGGAGACGAGAUGUACGUGAAUCCGCAGGAGGGGUACAUUUCUUUUCGCACAGUCAACAUGGCAAAAUCGGCGUAUUCCGACUUCACAUUCCACAAGAAUUUCUUCUCCUACUACGCUCUUGGCAAUCUCGAGGAAGAAGAGGCGCAGAAGUGCAAGAUCUCGAUGAGGAGCGCGAUGACAGUCUUCAAAUCUGCGCAUAUAUUGGACAAGCAAGUGGAGACUUGCCACAUCCAGUUGGAGGUAGACGCCUGCGAUCUGGUGUUUAUCCUAAAGUAUAAAAACGGCAUCAAAAAGUCCCACCUGGCGCCUAUUUUGGAUUCUGAAAAGUUGCAAGCGUCGUACACCAAGGCUGGUAUGUCCAACGAGUUGAUAUUUGUGGCUCGAACAUUGACGGAGGCUUUGCAAAAUUUUCCACAAAAUUUGUUCGAAAUAACGCUCGAGGUAACGCCACAGAAGCUGUUGCUCAGGAACUAUGUGGAUGAUACGUCAGCCAUGGUGAAUAUUACUCGUUCCCAGCUGGCUCUUGGUGUCGGGGAAUUCGAUCGUUAUGCAAUUGAGAACGAAACAAGCGUUACAUUUUGCUUGAAAGAGGCCAGAGCUUUGCUCGCUUUCAGCGAGACCGCGAGCGUCCCUGUUACUGCAAGUUUUGGAACAGCUGGAAGGCCAAUAUUGUUUACGCUGAAGAGUCAAGCCUUCGAGACAAACUUAUUGCUAUCAACCCUGAAUCCAGACUGUGACAGUCAAUCGGAUGUGUCGCUCGUCAGCAGACAAAUGCGACCUGUUCGAAGAAGGAAUGCUUCCUCAAAAAGUACAUCCAAGUGCGUCAACAAAUCCUCCAGUCGAGUGAAGAAACCUACGAAACCUACGAAACCUAAAGUCAAUGACGUACUCAAGAGUAAACCAACAGAAGAGAGAAAUCAGUCGAACAAAACGCUUAACCAAAAUACUUCUGUGAACGUUGCUUCCGUAAAUAAUUCUAUAAGUAACGUUCGAGAAAGGAAUUUGCAUAUGCCGGAACAGAGUCGUCGCUCCGUCACGCCCAAUCCUGCUAAUACAUCUUCGGCGACUGAUAGAAAGGUUUUAGACAGCCAACGAAAGCUAAUAAAUUCAGUAUUUUCAAGCAUCACAAAGAGGAAGUCGAGGAAUGACGAGAAGGAGGAAGAAGUCGCGGAGGAAGAAGAGCUCGUUGAUCUGGAAGAGAGCGUACCACAGUCGCCGCCGCGUCGUCAAGCGGCCAAGAGAGCAAAACUGGUGUUCCAGAAAUGCUUUCACAGUACUUUUGACCCUCGAAUGUUACCUGGCCAUGACGUUAUCCUGGUAGAGGAUUCUGAUGAAAAUAACAGUGAUUAAAUAUUAUCUUGCGAGAGUUGGAAGAAUAUCUAUAACGAUAAAUCGGAGAAAAAUUUAUUUAAUACUAGAAUUCUUUAUAAUUUCAUAACAUAUUUUCUGAAAGAUUAACCAAGAUAAUGUUUAAAGUAAAUUAUGUUAUUAAUGUAUUUGUUUAAAUAACAUUUCUUUCUUUAUAUCAACGACCAGUUUCUUUUACAUGAAAAGCGAUAUGUGUAUACGGUCAUUUGGUAACUAAAUCUUAAAUUCUUGUAUAAUUUCAUAUAGAGAUUUUUAAAUAGAAAGUCUUAUAAUUUAUUAACGUAUCAUGUUCUUUCAGUCUUAUUAAACGAUUCAAUGUGUAAGCUUUCAUUACUUAUUAAGCGAUUCAUUGUGUAAGCUUUCAUUACUCUUGGUUAACAUACUCAUUAAAAAAAAAUAAGUUUAGUUAUUUGGGACCAAAAAAUUUGGACGGUUUAGUGAAAUCAUUUCAGAGACAAGAUUGGAACGCAGUUAUCUUAAAGAGACUUGUGUCCGAAGUAGAGGCAUCUCGAGUCGGACGCGUUGUAUAUAAGUUGUUCCAAUUGUAAAAAUGUUAUUGUAAAUACAGGAUUUUUAUACAAAACUAA